GGUGACGUCAUCAGCGCGCUGUCGAGGCCGGGGGGCGCGCGCGCGCGGCGCCGGAGGUGCAGCGGUACGGCGGCCGGGAGGGGCGGUCUGUCCGUCUGUCUGUCCGUCUGUCCUGGGGCGGGGGGAGGUCUGUCCGACCGGCGGUAGGGAAGGGGAAUCGUCUGCCCGUCUGUCUGUCCACGGAUCGGGGAGGAAGGCUCCGUCCUGAAGGAGCGAGGGCGUCAGGGAGCCCCGCCAUGAGCUCCAAGGCCAAGCGGGUAUUGCCCACCCGCCCUGAGCCGCCCACCGUGGAGCAGCUCCUGGCCGACGUGCGGGGCGCACCCCCGGCCGACCCCGUCCUCCUGCUCCCGGCUGACCCCCCCCGAGGCAGCGGCGGUGACCGUGACGGCCCCGCGCCAGGGCAGGAGGACGGCGCGGAGGAGCAGGAGCGGCUGUACCGGCAGUGCCGCGGUUACGUGGAGAUGAACCGACGGCUGCGGGAGGCGCGGGGGGGAGCUUGCAGAGAAGCGUGAAGAACUGCAGAGGGCGGGCACGGCACUGGAGAGGGACAUCGCCGAGAUGCGGCAGAAGGCGUUCUGAGCUCGGGACGCGGCCCGGCCCGGGGGUCUCACCGGGAGCCCCCCCUGAGCCCUGCCUGCCUCCCUGUGCUCCCAGCGCACCCACAGCGCUGCGUUUUCAAAGCCCCCGCUGCGGCCCGGCCUCCAUCCCCGCCACGUGGCCGUGGGAGCAGCUGUGCCCCCUGGCAGCACCAUGUCUGCGCAGCAUCGCUUCACCUACGACUUCUCCAUCUGGUACUGCCCGGAGGACCACGCCGUCGCCUCCGUCAUCUCUGAGUUCUUGAGGAAAAAGGGCUUUCGGGGUUACUUGGAGCACUGGGACCAGGUGGCCGGCACCCCCGUUGCGCUGAGUGCCACCGAGGCCAUCGGUGCCAGCAGGGUGGGCAUCCUCCUGCUCUCCCCAGCGUCCCUGGGGGAUGCGUGGUGCCAACGGGUGUCCCAGUGGAACCUGCAGCACGUGGUGGAGUGCGGCGGCACCAGGGUGCUCCCCGUGUGCCUGGGGGUGAGGAAGGAGGAGGUGCCGCCCUUCCUGCAGCACCUCACCCAGCUGCAGUAUCAGAGCCCGUUCUUCUUCACGCGGCUGCUGCGGAGCCUGGCUGCGUCCCAGGCACUGCCAGGAGAGCCGAGGAGAGCCGAGAGCUGAGGGGCAGCUGGGGGGGUGAGGGGGGGUCUGGUGGCGCGGUGCCACUGGUGGGAGCAGGGUGGUGGGAAUGGGUCACCGUGAUGGGUGCGCACAGUGGGACGUUGCAGUGGUGUGCCUGGGGCUGCUGUUAUCACAAACCUUAAAUCCUCAAUAAAACCCUUCUUGGGAAGCGGGGUGCGAUUGCCUCGGUGAGGAUGGGAACCAGGCUGUGGGGCGUCGUUGGGGGGGGGCCGCUUGUCCCUGUGGGUUGGUUGGAGCCGUUUCUCUGUGGUGUCGUUUCACACCUGCAGACGCUCACUCUGCUUCCCCCCUUCCUGUGUGCUGCACGUCAUCGCAGCCCUCUGCCCCGGCCCCACAGCCUCGCAGCUCUUUGCACGCAGCGGGACCAGCAUGGAGAGGAGCGCAGUUCUGGGGCUGCUGCUGCUGCUGGCGCUGCCCAACCCUGGGCUGGGUGAGCACUGCAGUGGGGCCGGGGUGGACGAUGGGGCCUCCGUGGCACCGCAGGGAGCAGCAGAGCGCGGGGGCAGCCAUCCCCGCUCCUCAGCGGUGGCCGUGGGAUGGGCUGCCCCCCCCCUGGCAGCGCAGUCCCAUCUGCGCAUCAUCGGGGGACACGAGGCCAAGCCCCACUCCCGGCCCUACAUGGUGUCGGUGCAGUCCAAGGGGGUGCACACCUGCGGGGGGGCACUGCUGAACCCACGCUGGGUGCUGACGGCUGCACACUGCAUCCCAGAGAGUGCCGAUGUCUCCAGGAUGAUGGUGGUGGUGGGGCUGCACCGACUGCAGGAGCGCAGGAACGCCCAGAGCUUCGCCAUCCGCUCUGCCUGUCCCCAUCCCGGCUACGACAGCCAGACGAUGGAGGACGACCUCCUUCUGCUGCAGCUGGAGGGGAAGGUGAAGCGCAGCAAAAGGCAGCGACCCAUCGCGCUGCUGCGGCGGGAGCCGGCGGUGGGCACCGUGUGCAGCCUGGCGGGCUGGGGCGGGCGGAGGGGGCUGAAGGCCGCCCUGCAGGAGCUGGAGGUGGCCGUGCUGGACACGAGGAUGUGCAACAACAGCCGCUUCUGGAACGGCGACCUCACACCCAGCAUGAUCUGCUUCGAGGGCCGCGGCCGCGGCGAAGCGCCCACCAGUGGUGACUCCGGGAGCCCCCUGGUGUGCGGGCGCCCGGCGGCGGUGGCGGGCGUGAUGUCCUUCUCCAGCCGCAACCCCACUGACCCCCUCAAGCCCCCCGUGGCCACCUCGGCAGUGAAGCACCACGCGUGGAUCCGGCGCACGCUGCGGCGCGGCUGCGCGGCACAGACGGAGCAGCCCCAGCUAUUUACACAGGGCAGUCCGCAGCUCAGUGACAAAGCAGCCGGGACCCCGACGAGCUCCCAGCCCUGAUGAGCACCGGGGCGGACCCCUGUGAGCACCACUGCCAGCGCUCAGCCAGCACCCUCCUUAAGAGCAGCACAGAUGGGACCCGGCCCGGCCCCAUGCCUCGCGCUUUGCCCCAUGGGGUCCCUCCCUGCUGUGUAUCCCCGAGGGGAGGGAGGUGACCCCAUCCCCCCAAUAAAGGCUCUGCGAUGCCUGGCA